CACAAGAACCAGAUGCAGGCGGAGCUGGAGAAGGCUAGGCUCCUUGAUGAAGAAUACGAGGCCUAUCAGGCUCUACUGAACAAAUCCAACCAUCAGCCUGUCCCCGGUCACUACCGCACCAAAAGCGGCAGCCACAUGAAAAUCGUGGCUAACGGUACGAGUUGGACGCGACAAGGAGUUUCUGCCGAGGAGCAGGAACUGCCUUUCGGCUUCAUAUGGGUGCCAUACCCAUCAAUCGAGCAGACUGGAUGGCCGAUGACAAUUCAAGAGCUUUACUACAACGGAGCUCCGACAUACCAACUUGUCAUGCCACAAAAAGUUGGCUUCAGCAACCUCGGCGACCAUAUCACCCAACAUGGCGCCACAUAUUCGGCAUACCAGCUCAACAAGCUGGCCGUUGUCGAGAACGGGCCCAAAAACGUUGGGUACCAAGCGGUUUCAACGACUACGCUCGAUCUCUCUCGCGAGCAUAUUCGCGUUUACGAAAACGGUGCCAUCGAAAUAGUGCCGCCGGUCCCA